AUGAGCCCAGAAGAGAGAGCUGUUACCAAUCUUAAUGCCACAUUUGUUCGCCCUGUCAAAUUCUAUCUCAGUGGGUUUUCCAACAUCCCUCAUGUUAAGUAUUACUAUGUCUUCCUGUGUUUCGCCUAUAUCAUGACUGUUCUUGGGAAUAGCUUUCUUCUCUCCAUUAUUUACCUGGUCAGGACUCUUCACACUCCCAAAUAUAUGAUUGUCUUUAACCUGGCUUUCACAGAUUUGUGUGGAAGCACUGCUCUCAUCCCAAAACUCCUGGACACCCUUGUGUUUGACAGGAGAUACAUUCUCUAUGAGGCCUGCUUAAGCCAUAUGUUCUUUAUUCUUUGCUUUACAAGUAUUCAGUCAUGGACACUUGUCACAAUGUCAUUUGACAGAUUUAUAGCAAUUUGUUUCCCUUUAAGAUAUCAUAGUAUUGUGACUAAACCAGUUAUUUCUGCAAUGCUGCUGUUUGAGUGGGCUUUUUUUUUGAGUCUACUAGCAUUUAGUAUUGCGUCUAUUGAUCGCCUCUCCUUCUGUAGAUCUUUGGUGGUAAAGAACAUUUACUGUGACCAUGCACCAGUAUAUCUUCUGGCCUGUAAUGACACGUCUUUAAAUAACAUAAUGGCAUAUGUUGGUUUAGCUCUAGUCCUCUGUUUACCUUUGGUAAUAAUAGCAUUGACAUAUGUUUGGAUUGCCAUAGCACUGAGCAGGAUUGCAACAGGACAUGAACGACUCAAAGCAUCUAAAACUUGUACUUCUCAUCUGAUUCUUGUGGCUAUUUUCUUCCUACCAAUUCUGGGCACCAACAUAGCGGCGGUAACCUCCUACAUCCACCCUAAUGCCAGGAUCAUAAACUCAUCUUUGACACACAUCAUACCAGCUUUGCUCAAUCCUAUUAUAUAUUCUCUAAAAACAGAAGAAGUGCUGAUCUCUAUCAAGAAGCUUUGCAAAAGAAAUAGGAUCAACAACACAACCAACAAAUGGUGA